CCUUGACGCAAUUGACACCCACGCGUGUGCAAACGUCGAUGAAUGCCCCUGUGCCUGUCACUGGUCGCAUGGCGCAUCUCCCGCCGCACAUCAUGUCUUGUACGCCAAUUGACUUAUCCUGCCCUCAUCGCAACCCACCGUCGAAAGCAACGUCUAUCAACAUGUACGCACCUUUCGCCAAGUGCCACUCUAGCCCAUACUGUGUCAAGCCAUUCCUCGAGACCCUGGACCUGCAGUGCCAUACCCCUCCACCAUGAUGGAUCCCAGCUAUCCAGGAACUACUCUGCUCAAAGCUCUGACGAUGGAGUCUUGCCAGAAGACCAUGCGCUCGAGGAGAAGACAGAGGAUGUAGUGGACCCUCUCAAGCCAGACGGUCGGGUCCGCAUGCAACUGAGCCGUAGAACCAGGAAGGCUCGGCGACAAAGUCAACCUUUGUAUGUGCUGGAGUCGAUCCAUAAUUCUGCUCGAGACCUAUAUACCACCAAGCCUGAUUCGCGGCUUGAUUUGUCUCAUACCAGCCAUCAGCGCAUCAAGCCUGGUGGUCUGCAGAGACGGAGUUCGAGACUCACCCCACCAAGACGGAGAGUGCCCCCUCAUCUUUACCCGGUCUCCAUCUAUACUGUCCUUGCUCGGUAUCUCGAGCACCACACCACACCGUCUGAAACGCCAUCUGACUUUCAGCAUACGCAAAGAGAGCUUGACUGGCUGAGUUCGAAGGGUUUUGACGCCGCAGAUAUAAAGCCAUGGGCCCUUUCUCUCCUAAACCCAGAUUCUCUCGCAGCCGCUGAAAUCUUCAAGCCUGGUGCCGAAUCACCGCCAUUCUUCUUGAUCCCACUAUUUCUGCGUCGCGAACACAUAAAAGUAUUUGCUCUGGGAGUGGUCAUGAGGCAUAUUAACCUUCGAGUCAAAGACGAGUCAAUGGACUGGACGACCCUCAAGAUCCUCGCCAUUCGCUUGCUCCGUCACGCACGCAAGCUAUGGCCUGAAUCGAUACCCUGGAUUGCGGCGUUAUUUACUGCUGAAGCGACAAAAAUACACGACGGAGUACACGGUCUGAAGCCCCUUUCGCCUCAGAUACUCUCAGGCGUCACUCAGUUCUGCAAUGCGUUUCUGAUGUUGAUAUCUCUGCCCACCAACGUCAACCCAAUCAAGGACUCGCUGUAUCAAGAAAAGGCCCAGUUCGAUGUCUUGCAAUUCAUGGCCAAUUGCACGCCUGCAAUCACCGUGACAAGGACAGGCUUUAGGUCGGUAACUCGAGUUCAACUUACUCACACGAAGACCACACAGGAAAAAGAAUGGGCAGAACUCAAAGGUCCUUCGUGGCCACCUUGGAAAGAGGACCGGACAGCCAUGGAUGAAGACAAAGGGUACGAGUUCGGUGCAUCCAGGGCUUCGAAAAUCCUUCAUCGCAUGUAUGAAGCUGGGUACACUGCUCGCGGCUGGGAAGACGUGGCGGGGAUAUAUGCUGGUUGGGACACGGAUUUGAGUCCGACGAUACAGACACGCACGCCGUUACCUCACUUCUCAUCGCAAUAUCGGGAUCAGAGACACCUCGGGCAUUUACUUUGGGCUGGCCGGAUCAGGACGACGAGGACUCGAAGGGAGGCUUGGGCGUGCUUCCUUGCGCACGAGUCGUCGGGCGCGCCUGCACAUCAAGAGGUUUACAUGGCCAUGUUCGAGAAACUGCACCACCUCGAGAUUAAAAGGUCGUCUACGGCUGAGUUCCAACCAGACGUAAUCCAGGAUCCUGAGCAGCCAGCACAUGUCUUACUACCCGGUGAUAUGAAGGAAGUCUCAACAGACCCAACCUCUCCAUUGCACUUGGUGCAUCUCAGCGAAUCGAUUCCUACGUACGAACAGCUCUGCGACCGCAUGUGCUCGAAGCGCAUUCGCCCUACGAAAAGAUUCCUCGCGUUCUUGCUGGACACCUGUCCAGAUUUUGGGACUGUUCUUCGGAUGUUAGAGCUAGCCAAGCUCGACUAUAAUGGUGGAAUAGGACACCUCCUCACAGGUACACAUGGCAAUGACAGUUCGGUUCACCAUAUUCCCGGAUAUCUGCUGGCUGCGUUUAUUCGUUUCCUUUGUCGGUUUAGCCGACACCUUCAUCUACUUCCGCAGACGCCUGGAUUCGUAUCACCCGAACAGCAUGCCUACCGGUUCAAGCUGAACAGGCAGUAUCUGCUGGAAUAUGCGUACGCACUUCUCUCACACUACCAACCUCAUUAUCGACCUGCUUGGACUGCCUUCAUGGAGAAGGUUCUAUUCAACAAGUUCGACCCUGAGCUGCAACUCAAAGAUCAGAACGGAAACGCAAUGGGUCAAAGCACCCUCCAAUACAGAAUCAUAUUCGAAAUGGUGGACAAAAUGGCCAACAUCGGCCUCGACAUCGACGAUGUUCAAUUCCUCCUUCUCUGCACCGUAACGCGCUAUUCUGCCCAGCUCGCCCACAAAGGCACCACCUCAAUCGAGCACGCAAAACACAUCCUCUCAACCGGCUCCCCCCGUCUCCGCGCUUUCUUCCGCAACCUAGUAGGCGCAAACGCAGAUACACACACGCUCAACCCCGCAGCAAAACCCCUCCCACCACACGUCCCCGGCCCCGCGGCUCUCCACGCAUAUGUCCGCGCCCUAGGCAUCCUCCGCGACUACGAGGGCCUAUACUCGUUCUCCACCUGGCUCGCCAAGCACCACGUCGAGGUCACGGCUCGCGCACAAGCUCAGCACUCGGGCAGCAAGAUGCUGUUCCGUAUGCUUGUCGCCCUGCGGGCUGCUAUGGGCGGCUGGUUGGAGGAAGGCCAGGAUAAGAGGCCCAAGGCUCCGCAGGAUAUCGUGCUGCUUGUUAAGCGUCAGAUUGAGAGUGUUGAAGAGUGGGGCGGUUGGCCUAGCCAGAAGUAUGUCCAGCUGUAUAUUAAGGGGCAGUUGAAGACGGCUGCGCCGGGGGUUGGGGGGAGGUGAGGGUCGGGUUGUGUGGGGAGGUUUUGUGGUGGGUAGUUGUUGGUGUGGGGCAUGUAGUGGUU